AUGGCGGACGCGACCAAGACGACUCCCAAGAUACAGAUCCUCAAAGGCGCCGCGGCAGACCUUUCUGCGGCGACAUAUCAGAUCUUCGAUGAGUCGCACACGAUGGGCAACGCACUCCGCUGGAUGCUCAUGAAGAAUCCGAAGGUCGAGUUCUGCGGUUACAGCGUCCCGCACCCCUCGGAGAAUCACAUCAACGUCCGGAUUCAGAUGUACGACGAACUUUCCUCGCUAGACGCCCUCCUCGAAGCACUCUCAAACCUCGAUGACCUGUGCGAGACCGUCGAGCAAAAGUACCAGGACAGCCUCGCGACGGACACCUACGAGCGGUGGGAGGAGCAGAGCUAAGUAGUGGCCGGUCAGUCAACAAGUACCAAGUACGUCUACGCCCGCACCGUGCACCCUCCGAAGCUUCCGCGCUCCAUGCUCCCCGCUCGUCACCCCCGAGCUGCCGGUUGCUCUGCCAUGGGCCUAACUUGGUUCCUCCACGGCGGGGUUGUAUAGACCUCACACGGGAAAAGUAUCGUACGCUCGGCUUGCUGGUUAAUUGAAUUUGAGAACCUCGUUCUGUUCAAACUCACACUCUC